GGAAGCGAACGAAAUGCUGGAACGCGUGCCAUUUCCGGCCGGUCAUCUUCGCUUUUCUGCUUCCGUCGCGAGACAGCUUGUGCCAGGUGCAAGUGUCGCUUCAUCGUUCCAAUCGAGUUCGAAAGAACGAACGGCGAAAUCCACAUUAUUCUCUCCUUAGGAGAGACGGAUAUUCGGGAAAAAGAACACGCGCUCGCGUAAGAAGGAAUUCUAAAUUACUAGAAGCCCUCGAGAUAAUUCAUAUUCUUGUUUCUGCAGUCUUUUCUCGUACCAUUUAUCCAAAGGAGCGGCACGAUGACGGACAAUCAAUAUUCCAGUUACCAACAGCAGGGAUAUAAUCAGUAUAGUCAACCACCUCCUACAGCUGGUCAAGAUACAUCGUAUCCACCUCCAUCAUCUGGUGGAAGUGGCUAUAAUCAAUACAGUCAGCCACCUCCAAACACUGGCACCAACUAUGGCAGUUACAACAAUUAUAAUUCUAAUAGUGGUCAAGACUAUAAUCAAUCGCAGAAUCAAGGCAGUUAUGGUGGGCAAAAUAGCUACAGCGGAAGUGGCAGUGGAGAUGGCAGUAGCAAUUAUGGAAGCUAUGGAAAUGGUGGAGGCAGCAGUGGAGGAUAUAGUCGCAAUUCUGGUGGUUCUUAUAGUGGAGGCCAAGGAGGUGGCGGUGGAGGUGGUAGAUAUGGCGACCGCGGCAGUUACGGAGAUCGCUCCGGCGGUGGUUACAACAGUGGCGGUGGCCGAGGUGGUUAUAACAAAGGGGGCUAUGGUGACCGUAACAGUGGCGGUGACGGAAUGGUUACACAAGAGGAUACUAUUUUUGUAUCCGGUAUGGAUCCAUCGAUUUCGGAAGAAGAGAUUUGUCAGCAUUUCGGAGCGAUUGGUGUUAUUAAACACGACAAACGCACAGGCAAGCCGAAAGUAUGGAUGUAUAAAGAUAAGAAUACGGGCAAAUCGAAGGGCGAAGCGACAGUCACGUACGAUGAUCAAAAUGCCGCCCGUUCAGCUAUCAGUUGGUUUGAUGGUAAGGACUUCAAAGGUUGCACAAUAAAGGUGCAAAUAGCUCAGCACAAAAGCAACUGGCAAGGCAGCCGUAUGGGCGGCGGUCGCGGCAGCGGUGGCCGAGGUCGAGGUGGUAGCUUUGGCAGUCGUGGCGGAGGCGGUGAUCGUGAUGAUCAUCAUCGCGGAGGUGGUGGCGACGAUCGUCGUGAUAGUGGCGGCCGCGGAGGCGACUGGAGGUGUUCCAAUCCUGAUUGCGGUAACACGAAUUUCGCUUGGCGGGAUCAGUGUAAUCUUUGCAAAAGCGCAAAACCAGAAGGUCUCGGUUAUGGCGGAGGCGGUGGCGGUAGAGGUAGUGGCGGUCGGGGUGGUGAUCGUGGAAACCGAGGAGGUUAUAGAAAUGACCGAGGCGGACGUGGAGGUGACAGAGGUGGCAGAGGCGGUGGCGGCGGAGGCGGAGGUUUCCGUGGUGGCGAUCGAGGCGGUCGCGGAGGUCGAGGUGGUCCUAUGAGAGGAGGUGGCGGUCGAGGCGACAGGGACAGAGAUCGUCAGCGACCAUAUUAAUUUCAUAUUCUUUGAAAUAUCAAUGAUCAACUCGCCGUCUCGCUAAACAACUUGUACACAUAUUGUACAAGUUUCAGCGCUUGUAUAUUUCGUAAAGUGAAAGAAAUUAGUUUUCACUCUAUACUCGUAAUAUGUAUUUCUUAUCAUCUUUCUUUUCGCAUAUGAUCUUUUUUAUAUUCAUCGAAAUUACGUAUCACACGUAUAUUAUCUUUAUGUAAAAUCAGAGUAUCUUCAAUAGACAACAAUAGAUAACUUACAACGUUGUAAA